AUGAGUGGUGCCGAGGCCGCUUUCGUCAUUGGCCUUAUUUCCGGUGUAAUUUCAAUCGGUGUAAUUUCAAUCGUGGAUGCAAUUAAAACGGUAUAUGAUGCCGCACAAGACGCGAAAGGUCAGCCGGACGCAUUUCGUCAGGUAGCCGCACGAUUGCCACUGGUGAUCAAGAUCCUCGAAAGCGCCAAAGCUAGGGCACAGUCUCUCGACGAGACCGCACAGGAGGCAUUAGAGCCGACUCUGAAGUCAUGCAAAGUGAAGGCUGAGACUCUUCAAGAGAUCUUCCACAAAGUCGUGCGGAAGGAUGACGACAAGUGGUAUGAUCGAUAUAAAAAAGCCGUUAAAGGGGCAUUGGGAAAACAGUCUCGCGUGGAGGGAUUAAUGGAAGGGAUCUUAAAGGAUGUUUAUUUGCUUGUAAGCGAGAAGCUGAUGGGAACUGCCACGGAGGCCGAAGUAGAGGAGAUUAAAGAGACUAUGAAGGAAAUGAAAGAUAUGCCCUCCUCUCUAUAG